AUGACACCUACGAAGGUGAUGAAGCAUCGAUCUCAUAGCAAUUUCCACCGUUCAAUAGAAGGUAAAUCUCUUAUGGUGCAAUUUGGUCAAGCAGGGUUGAAACUUUCUCAAAUAAAAAAGGCUGUUAAUACAAUAAAAACCUCAAAUGUAGCUAAUGUAACUUCAAAGCAAUGUGCUGAUGUCUUAUCUGAGCAUCGAAAACAACAUAGAGGAAAGUAUUUCUAUGGACUUAUAAAACAUUUUCAAGAUAAAACGUUAGUUGACAGUGACCAAUAUUUUUCCGUGGAAUUGCCUGAUGAUGGGUAUCCUAGAAAUAUCUUUUGA